UCCCAUCCGUUCCCCCAUCGCCCGGCUUGUUUUGGUUGCCCGGUCCAUAAAAACAUCCUCACUCCCCAUCGCUCGCUCUUCUGAAGGAAGAAAAAAGGACUCAGGAGCGUCCCUAAAAAAAAAGACUCGAGAAGCGGAACCCUAUCCUCACCGUGCCUCCUCUUCUCCUCCGGUUGCCAUUCCCAACCGGCCGUACUUUGGCAAAUAAACGCUGAAACUGGAAUCCCACGCUUGUUCUUCACCAAUGGAGAUAAUGCACAAGGCAACUGAAUCUGCUUAUGAUGAAGAUAAUGGUAAAGGUAAGGAUGUAUCAAGCAUGGAAGAAAACGAUCCAUGGAAUCCUUCAUAUCGAUGUGCCCCUCGUCCUUGUAAAGACUUGACUGACAAUGUCAAAUUAAUGAAGGAGGUGUUGCAGGAAAAACAUGUUUUGUUUGCUGUCUCCAGAGCAACCCAGACAAUCGUCCCAGACCGUACUCCUCAGUCAAUGAAUGAUGCCUUCGUCAACAAAUUACCCCGCUUGGUGCCCAUCCUGGAAAAGGAUAGUGUCAGGCUUUUUCUCAACUUAUUCAAGCAUGACUCAGUGGGAUUGGCUUGGGGUUUCGUCAUGACGCCACCGACCUUCAAUCAGAUGAUCGUGCAAAAUGCCCUGCGAUGUGCGAAAGUUGCCUUGGAGGGCAAGGCCCCUGAGCUCAAUGGGCACCGCGCCAAUCCCAACUACAUGAACUCACGUGGGUACUUUCCCCUCCACCAAGCUGCUGAAAUGUUCUCUGCUGACAUGAUCAAGCUGCUCUUCCACUAUGGCGCGUCGGCCAAUUUGCGCACAUCUGGCCCUGAAGUCAUCGAGGGCCUACUCCCACUACAUGUUGCAGUUGAGAAUGCUUGCCGGCAUAAGUUUCUUGAGGAAAACCUGUUACCCGACAAAGAGAAUACUGACUAUGUCUACAGGCUCAUUCAACUGGUUUGCUUACCUGAAAUGAAAAUCUUCUUGGAUACAGUCAGACUGAUUGCAGAAAGAACAGAUGAUCUUGUUGUUGAGGUCUGGAAAUACAUAAAGGAUGGAAAGCUUGCUGAAACAGCAGUUUUGCUCCUGGCAGCUCAAAAGAAGAUCCGCAUGGGAUCUUGUCUGAAGCCAGAUGGCUAUAGCAAGGCAGAUGGGUUUGCUAUUCUCUCUAAUCUAUGUACAGAGGAUGCUGUAGCCAUAGAUUUGGAGAUUACUCAAAACAGAGUUGGAAAGAAGCAGCAGCUGAAGGCAGAGAAAAAUCUCAAGCAUAUGGCAUUGAUGCUUGUUAUUGCAAUUUCCGAAGCUGGUGAAGCUCUUGAUUCAUACAUUCGGGCACAUCCAGAGGUGCCCAAUGCCAUGCAGGUGGCCCAUGUUGAGGUCCUGAAAGGUGUCUCAUCGAUUCUCAAGAACCAUGGUUUUUGUCCUACUGGAGAGUGCAUCAACAUAGAAAACCUCCGACCAUAUGAUCAACAAUCAUCCAGGUUGUCCGAUGAAGAGUUGCCCAACAAACAUGGGUAUGCUACAGCUGAUAAGGCUGCCAGGAAGAAACAACCUAGAGGAUGGAAGCUCGAACAUGCAAGGAGAAGCUUCAUCCCAUGCUGGAAAUCAGUGCUAUCAUCAACCAAGUUGGAAGCAAAGGCAUCUCCCUUUUGUCCCUUGAUAGAACUAAAAAGCAUGAGAGAGACUCAGGAAAUUUGGAAUAAAUCAGCAGCCGAAAGAUCCUCUUCAGUUCCAACUAAAAAUCUUGGUUUGCUGGGAAGAGUUCCGCAAUUAACAAGUAGUUAUCAAUCAGAAGGCUGUUCUGUACUGCUGCAUUGACGGCCUUCAAACUUUUAAAGCAUGCAUGAGUUGAGAGUUCCUCAGAAGAGAAGUUACUUCUAUCUCAAAUCAUUUUCAAGUCUGCUUAUUAUUGCUUGCAUGCUAUCUAGCCAGUGUGGCUUUCGAUCUACGUAGCUACAGAAGUGCCUGUUUCUGACCUUAUGCACAGAUGUGGUGCAAAACAUAUUUUAUUUCAGUGGCUUGCUCCUAACGCUCUCUUAUA